ACUUCGAUAGAAGCCACGAAUCAACAAACGAGAAAAAGUUAACCCUCAUGUCGCAUUCCGCAGCUCGUUCCGUUCAUUUGUGGUUUGAUUUACCACAGAACGUAAAAUGUGUUUGUAACGAAGUCUGUGUCACUGAAUCUCAAAAGGGAACGUAUUUCUGUGUCAUCGGAUUUAGUCGAGGAUACAGCGGCAUACAGGAGCUUUAUGACGGAAAGAAAAUGGCAAUUUUUUCUGUCUGGGACAGCCAAACGAAUACCGACCCUUCUGAGGAUAAAAGAGUCCAGGUUAUUCAUAGCGGAGAAGGGGUUGAGGUUUCUCGAUUUGGUAAUGAAGGAACGGGUGGUAAAACCAUGAUGCCUUACAAAUGGGCAGUCGGCGAGCCGGUACAAUUCAAACUGGAGGCCGAAAACCUUGAUGGAGUUUGGACAGCAUAUUCUUGCUACCUUAAAAACAGUUGUUUACCAGAUUGGUUUCACAUGGCAACAAUGAAAACGAUCACAAAUGGCGAAUUGAUAAAGGGAGUGUACUCUUUUGUUGAAGACUUCCGGCGAGAUGGCGCCAGUCAUUGUGAAAUCCGUUCUGCAAAGUUUGGGGACUGCUGCUGUAUGCAGGAUGAUUUUCACAAACUAUGUAACCGUGCACAAUUUACUGCAGAUAGUUCUACACCGCUAAAUAUUAAUGCUGGGUUAAUUGACAAUAAAUUUUAUUUAGUUACUGGUGGUGGAACUGAAAACACGAGCACGCCACUCAAUGGUUUUAUUACCAAAUCUGAUGACACGAAGUGAAGAAAUACGACACAAAGCUAGCAGUGGUACUGGUAUUUUAUGAAUUAUUACUUAGGUGGUUUUUCAGCUGGGUAUAGGGAUGAGGGAAACUUAAAUAUAUAUAUUUAUA